GCAUUAACUUAGUCAUGUCCGUUUUGAGGUUUUCUAAAACACUGUGGUUUAUAUGAAAAUGAACUGUAUGUCGGAUGCUAUAUUAAUUAGCAUUUAAAUGAACUAACAUUUUUACAUGAGAUUAGUAUUAAUUGUAAAUAAAAAUGGUGUGAAUGGGUUGUCCAUAUCUUGCAAAUGCGUCGUUAGCGAACUGUUACAUGUACACUUGCAAUUUAUAACAUGUUCGCAAGCAGUGCAUUUAAUAGAUCUGGAACUUAUUAUAAGGUCUAACAUUAGUAUUUUCUAGUCUGCCUAGUCAAGC